UCUCAUCACAGCCUAUCCGUUCAGUGAUCUUUUUGUCUGAUCUAUGAAUUAUAGGAAUUUCAUACCGUAUGGAGAUGUGACUUCGUGAAAGUGAUUUUGAGGAUAGUUUGUGGUUACAUUCGCCGGAUGCGUUGGACACAUGCCCUAUGUUCUGUAGAUACCACUAUUUUGUUGAUGGAGAGGAUUUCGAAUGACAGCCGGCACAGUGGUCAUCACAGGUGGAAUUCUGGCUGCCGUCAUCUUGUUAACUAUUGUCACAGUUCUGUGUUACUGUAGGCUGCAGUAUUACUGCUGUAAAAGAGACGAGUCGGAGGAGGGGGAGGAGGAGGCUGACGUUGCCAAGGCAUCUCCAAAUCCACUGCGCCAACCGAGUCCACCUGAGAGUCCGCUGAGUCUCCAACAUUUCCCUGAAUACACGUCCUCCAAUCAGCUUCUAAUGACUGCAGAGCCUUUUGAGGCCAACGGACCGGUCAGUUACCCUCAAUACAUCCCGCGGGUGCCCUACAGGCCGCCCCGCUCGUAUACUUUCUGCCCGUCCUGCUCGGGGUAUCUGCCGCUCCACAUGAGCCCGCAGGAGGGGCUGCGUAAUGGAGGUGGCAGGAUCAGCUACAGGACUCUGCAGCAGGAGGAAUUAGACCUGCCAAUGGAGACGCCCAGCUUCCACAAACUCAACCUCAUCCGCUCCGUCACCAUGCAGGAAGUGCUGACGCAUCACAGCAUCAGCACCGAUGUGUAGCACCUCGUAUUCACCUGAAGUAUUCUGUGAUUCACUUUCAUUAUCCUGCUUUCUGUCCCCAUCUAUCCGAUACAUGAUCUUUAUUCAUUCAUUCAGAAGGAUAGUCAUGCACCAGUGUGAUUUUAAUGUCUUUAUUGCUGUUGUUUUCAUUUUUAUAUUUUCCAUUUUCAAUUUGUCAUUCUUAGUUUUUGUCAUGUCUAAUUGUUUAUUAAGAUAACUUUUAAUAAAAGAGAACAUUUCUGUUCUCUUACUAUCCUUAUCCCUUCUUGUCCUAGAUUUGACUACUUCGAACUAUGUCUGAAACCUUGUAUGACAGGCAAUUCUCCUGUGUAUUUAUUUUUCUUUUUUUUGCCAUCUUACGGUAAACCACUUGUUGAAUUCCACAAUCGUAAGUCUCUUUGGAUAAAAGUGUUUGCGAAAUGAA